AUGUCAUUCGAAACCUUCAAUUUUCAUAUGAAAGGAGAAUCAACUAGCACGUCUUCUUCUUACUCUGAUAACAAUGGAGCAAACGAGCAAGACCACGACUUUGAAUGCAACAUUUGUUUCGAGUUAGCUCAAGAUCCGAUCGUAACUCUCUGUGGUCAUCUCUUUUGCUGGCCUUGCUUAUACCGUUGGCUUCACCACCACUCCCACUCUCAAGAAUGUCCCGUCUGCAAAGCUCUGGUUCAAGACGACAAGCUCGUGCCUCUCUACGGCAGAGGCAAGAACCAGACCGACCCGAGAAAGAAACGUUACCCGGGAAUGCGGAUUCCGAACCGACCCGCCGGUCAAAGACCCGAGACCGCCUCUCCUCCUCAACCUCCUCCUCAGGCCGACGCAGCGAGUAACCUUUUCAACUACGGUGUUGGUUUGAUGGGAGGGUUUAUGCCGAUGGCGACAACGAGGAUCGGGAACUUCAGUUUCGGUGUCGGUGGUUUGUUGCCUUCUCUGUUUAACUUUCAGUUCCAUGGAUUCCCCGACGCGGCGCUCUACGGUACGACGUACGGUGGUUACCAUACCGGUUUCCGUGGAGUUCCGGCUCAUGGACAAGAUCGUGACCAGAACCAAAGCGAUGCGUAUCUGAAGAAACUUGCGCUCCUCGUUGGAUUUGGCGUAUGCACUGGUGGUGUGAUCUGCGCUCAGAAUAUGAACAUAGCUGAUGAAUACAACCCAUUCCAGGUUUUGAAUGGUGACCACACAGUUUCUUCAAUUGGGACAACUGUUUUUGGUCAACUUUCUGUCUCGCUGAAAACCAUAUACUGUAGUAAUAACGAAGACAGAAUCUUGUCUUGUGUCAUUCAUCAUUCUCUGGAGUCGUAUUUGGCGGCUUCAAAGGGUCUCUCUUCCUCAAAUCUUGAUGGACAAAUAUCAAUGAUAUCCUGCAGAAUCGCAAUGAUCUCCGACAAGAACUCGUUUCGACUUCAUCUCUUGUUCUUCUUCUUCUUCUUCUCAAGUCUCUCCUCUUUCGCAACCGCGCAACAGCCUUACGUCGGCAAAUCAACCACCAAUUGCUCUGUCGCAGACAACUCAACCUCCGUUCUUGGUUACUCCUGUAACGGCCUCAACAAAACCUGCUCGACCUACGUCAUUUUCCGAUCAACUCCUCCUUUCUCCACCGUCUCUUCCAUCUCUUCCCUCUUCUCCGUUGACUCUUCUCUCCUCUCCUCCCUCAACAACGCCUCAACAACAACCUCUUUCCCUUCUGAUCAACGAGUUAUCAUCCCUGUAACUUGUUCUUGCUCCGGCAACAACAACAGCUAUUCGCAAUCCAAUCUCACUUACACAAUCCGGCCAAAGGAUUCGUAUUUCUUCAUUGCGAACGACACUCUUGAGGGUCUCUCCACGUGUCAAGCUUUGCAGAGACAGAACAAUGUUUCGUCUGAAUCUUUAGUUCCUGGUAUGAGGAUCGUUGUUCCGGUUCGUUGCGCGUGUCCCACGGCUAAACAAGUCCGUGAAGACGGCGUGAACUAUCUUGUGAGCUAUGCCGUUGUUUUCGGAGACACGGUGGAGAUCAUCAGCGAGAGAUUCGGCGUCGAGACGAGCAAGACUUUAGAAGCUAACCAAAUGUCUUUUGAGAAACCUGGAGUUUUCCCCUUCACCACGGUACUGGUUCCUUUACAGAAUCCUCCUUCAAAUCUCAAUUCUUUAACUCCUCCUCCUCCUCCUCCUUCACCAACUCCGGUAUCUCCUCCAUUGUCGCCGGAUGGUGGGAAACCGAAGAGAACUUGGGUCUAUGUUCUCGCCGGAGUACUAGGAGGAGCUUUGGUUUUGAGUCUGAUUGGUUUAGCCAUCUUCUGUCUGGCUAAGAAGAAACCUAUAAACAAAGAGGAAAACGGAAAUCUCGAUAGCUUCACGGCCAAGAAAUCAAUUUCAGAGCAAGAAUCAGAAUUCGAUCCGUUGGAUGGUUUAUCAGGUAUGGUGGUUGAUACUUUAAAAGUCUACAAAUUUCACGAGCUUCAAUCUGCGACGAGCGAUUUCACAUCCUCUAGCUCGAUCGGAGGAUCAGGGUACAUCGGAAAAAUCAACGGCGAUGGUGCGAUGAUCAAGAAAAUCGAAGGAAACGCGUCCGAGGAGAUAAACUUGUUGUCGAAACUUAACCAUUUCAACAUCAUACGUCUCUCUGGAUUCUGUUUCCAUGAAGGAGAUUGGUACUUAGUCUACGAACACGCUUCUAAUGGAAGCUUGAGCGAUUGGAUUUACGCAAAAUCGCUCUUGAGCUCGACUCAAAGAUUACAAAUCGCUUUGGAUAUAGCAACGGGGCUUAACUAUCUACACAACUUCGCUGAUCCUCCUUACGUUCACAGGGAUUUAACCAGCGGAAACAUCUUCCUCGACUUCGAGUUUCGAGCAAAGAUUGGGAAUUUAGGGUUAGCGAGAUCGACAGAGAGAGGAGGAGAUUACGUGUUGACCAAGCAUGUGGAAGGAACGAGAGGUAAAGAAGCUUCUGAAUUAAAGAAAGAGAUCCAUGAAGGUAAUGCAAUGGAGGAGAUUUUGAGUAGUGGAAGCUUCUUACCUGAAGGAUUAGUGAGUUUUGUGGUUAGAUUGGUUGUUGAUUGUUUGAAGAGAGAUCAUUUGAGUCGUCCAUCGAUGGAUGAAAUUGUUCUGUCUUUGUCCAAGAUCUUGACAGCUUCGAAAAGCUGGGAGUCAUCGUAUUGAGUUCAAGGCCCAAUGUUUUUGGGCUUAUUGGCCCAUUAUAAUAUUCUUGUUGUUACAAAAAAGGAUUAUGGAUGUUAAAAGCUUCUGUUGUUGUGUUACAAAAAAAAUUGUUGAUGUUGUAUACAAAGUUGAUUUUUUAGUUGUGAAGACUAAAUACUUUUAAACU